AUGGACGACCUUUAUGACGAGUAUGUGACUGCUACCUUUGGCGCGGGACGGUGGACUAACGAGGUGUCCUUUGUUUUAACUUAGGUUCGGAAAUUUCAUCGGGGAGGCUGUCGAUUCGGAUGAGGAAGAACAUAGAGGCGAUAACGGCGCAGAUGCUUACGUUGACUACGACGACGAGGAGGCAUCGGCUGCUGGUGAAGAUGCGCAGCAAUUGAUGGAGCUUGACGGUAUGAGAUUUCCCCGGCUGGGGUGGUAGGGAGUGUGAGUGCUGAUGGUGGGGCGGGAUAGACGAGGGUCCUUCCAACGCGGUUGUGCUUCAUGAAGGUUGGUCUCAAUUCUUUUUCUUUUUCUUCAAAUGCAUGGGGAUACUGACAUGUUUUAAUUCAUAGAUAAACAAUACUAUCCGACAGCGGAACAGACCUACGGGGCGGAUGUUGAGACUCUGGUACAGGAGGAGGAUGCGCAGCCGCUGUCAGAGCCAAUCAUAGGUAUGGAUUCCUGUUCUUCUGCGGAAAACGAUUGAAGCUGAUGUGCUGAAUAGCUCCUAUUAAGGUUAAGAAGUUUACUGUCGAGGAGGCUGAUCUUCCAAAGACUCAUUUCUCAAGAGAGUAAGGGUAUUCCAACAUUUGAGACUAGAGGUUGUCACGGAACUGAUAGUGCGUAGGUUUAUGAUGGAUUUAAUGGGUUUCCCGGAUCAAGCUAGAAAUGUUGCCUUGGUUGGGCACCUACAUCAUGGAAAAACUGCGUUUAUGGACAUGUUGGUUGUGGAGACUCAUGACCUGGAAGGAAAUACGGAGGGAAAGAAAGGGGAACAGGUGCGGAUUACACUAGAUCAUCACUUGAGCGAAAUCUAAUAUUACGAUUAGCUUCGAUACACAGAUACCCAUGUCGUCGAGCGUGAGCGCGGUGUUUCUGUUAAAUCCUCCCCUAUGUCUCUCGUGCUACAGUCCUCGAAGGGCAAGUCCCACCUGGUCAACAUUAUUGACACCCCAGGCCACGUCAACUUUGUGGAUGAGGUGGCUUGUUCUAUGCGGGUCGCCGACGGCAUCGUGCUUGUUGUGGAUGUUGUUGAGGGUGUAAUGGUCAACACUGAACAGAUAAUCAAAUAUGCUGUCAAUGAGAAUAUUCCGAUGACUUUGGUUUUGAACAAGGUCGACCGUCUGAUACUAGAGCUUAAACUCCCGCCCACAGAUGCAUAUUUCAAGCUGAAGCAUACGAUCGAGGAGGUAAAUACGGUCAUUGAAAACGCGGCCCCGGGAAGGGGUGCGAGCAUGAGACUUUCACCUGAGAAGGGAAAUAUCUGCUUUGCUAGUGCAAGCAUGGGGUGGUGCUUUUCGUUGGCUAGCUUUGCCAAGAUGUAUGCCGAUACUUACUCUGGAAUUGAUAUUGCGGAGUUUGCAAAGAGACUGUGGGGUAAUAUCUUCUAUAAUCCUGGCACUAGAAAGUUUACUCGAAAAUCUAUGGAGGCGGGGUUGAGAAGGUCUUUUGUGCACUUCAUCCUUGAGCCUCUUUACAAGCUUUAUUCUCAUGUAAGCUCCCAACUCCUAUGAAAGAAUCAGGGCUACUAACCUUUCAUUCAGACGAUUGGAGAAAGUACGGGCAGCCUGAAAUCAACGCUUGCUGGUCUUGGGAUAUCCCUCAAACCUGCGCAGUAUAGAACGGACGCUAAGGUUCUUCUAAAGCUAGUCUGUGGGCAGUUUUUUGGCACAGCUACUGGUUUUGUCGACAUGAUUGUGGAGCACAUUCCUUCCCCUUUGGCUGGUGCAAAGGCCAAGGUUGAAAAUACUUACACGGGGCCAUUGGACACGGAGCUCGCCGAAUCCAUGCAGAAGUGUGACCCUGAAGGCUCAUUGGCCAUCCAAAUAACAAAGUUAUACCACACCAGCAAUGCCUCAGAUUUCCUGUCGUUCGGCAGGGUUAUGAGCGGAACUGUGAAACCUGGUAUCCAGGUGCGCGUUCUGGGCGAAGGAUAUACCCUCGAUGAUGAGGAAGACAUGGUCACAGCUACUAUAUCGGAUUGUUGGAUAGCCGAAACCAGAUACAAGGUACCUGCAAGCGGUGUACCCGCUGGAUGUUGGGUGCUCCUGGGAGGGAUCGAGAAUUCCAUCGUCAAGUCGGCCACCGUAGUGGCACACAAGAUGGAUGAUGAUGCUUAUGUUUUCCGACCCAUAAAACACUUUACCGAAUCGGUAUUCAAGGUCGCUGUCGAGCCAGUAAAUCCUUCAGAGCUUCCAAAGAUGCUUGAUGGCCUUCGAAAGAUAAACAAGAGUUAUCCUCUUAUCUCGACGAAAGUCGAAGAAUCCGGUGAGCAUGUGAUCUUGGGCACCGGAGAGCUAUAUAUGGACUGCGUUCUUCACGAUCUUCGACGGAUUUUCUCCGAGAUGGAACUUAAAGUCUCUGACCCGGUCACGCGUUUCUGUGAGACUGUCGUAGAGACGUCGGCCAUCAAGUGCUAUGCGCAGACGCCUAAUAAGAAAAACAAGAUUACAAUGGUCGCAGAACCAUUGGAUUCGGGGAUCGCGGAGGAUAUAGAGAGCGGGAAGGUCAGCAUCAAGUGGCCGAUCCGGAAGGUUGGAAAAUUCUUCGAGGAGAAUUACGGAUGGGAUUUAUUGGCAAGUCGCAGUGUGUGGGCCUUCGGGCCUGACGAGAGGGGACCGAAUAUCCUUCAAGACGACGCUCUACCAAGUGAGGUGGACAAGAAGCUACUGAACCAGGUCCGAGAUAGCAUCCGGCAAGGUUUCUCUUGGGGUACUAGGGAAGGCCCUCUGUGUGAGGAACGUGAGUUUUGAAAGGAGUCAAUUGAUUGCUUGUUAGUGCUAUACUGACAAAAGUCCCUAGCUAUCCGAAAUACCAAGUUCAGGAUCAUGGAUGCUACGCUUGCCCCGGAGGCUAUCUACCGCGGAGGUGGCCAGAUUAUCCCUACCGCGCGAAGGGCUUGCUACUCAUCGUUUUUGAUGGCGUCUCCUCGACUUAUGGAGCCCAUGUACUCUUGCUCUAUGACCGGGCCCGCCGAUUCGGUUUCCGCGCUUUAUACUGUUCUCGCGAAGCGAAGAGGGCAUGUGUUAUCCGACGGGCCUAUAGCUGGAACGCGUAAGCUGAAUCCCCUAGAUACUGUUCAGAUUCCGAUAACUGAAACGAUUGCUUUCCGCAGCAUUGUAUCUUGUAAAGGGCUUAAUCCCAGUCAUCGAUUCCUUCGGCUUCGAAACCGAUGUUAGGGUAAGACCCUCUAGCCCAUCCUACCCCCUACGGAACCGUUAACAAGUUUAUAGAUCCACACGCAAGGAAUGGCCUUCUGCUCCCUCGUCUUCGACAGGUGGAGCAUCGUACCCGGCGACCCCCUCGACAAAGAAGUGAAACUCCGACCGCUGGAGCCCGCUUCUGCGCAGGCCAUGGCCCGAGACCUCACCCUCAAGACCCGCAGGAGAAAGGGUUUGAGCGAGGAUGUUACCAUCGCCAAAUUCUUGGAGCCCGAGUUGCACGCUAUGAUUGAGAGCUCGGGGCUGCUUGAUGGUUAGACUAUUGCGAGCGAGCGAGUGCCGGAGCGCAGGAGGGGUAAUGUAAGAUAGACGUGUGUUGGCGUGUUUAUUAUG